AUGGCUUCGAGAAAUACAAGUAAAACUAUUCCAAAUAUCAUUGUUUCAUUGGAUUUUGGAACCACAUACUCUGGAUACGGACUGGCUUUUCCUGAGGAAAAGAUUGAUCCUCAAACUGAACUGACAAUUUACACCAAUCCAAGAGAAGAAAAGGUUCCUACAUGUGUUUUGUUAAACGAGGACAAGAGUUUCCAUUCCUUUGGCAGUCAGGCGUUAGACGAAUACAUCGAUAUGGACAAUGACGAACGAGAAACUGUUUAUUUCUUCAGAAAUUUUAAAAUGGCAUUAUACAAAAAUCGGAAAUUAUCAAGAGAUAUCGAAGUACAAGACGAAAAAGGAAAGCAGAUGUCUGCAAAAUUAGUAUUUCAGCUUGCAAUGUCAGGUUUAAAGGAUAUUGUCAUGGGUAGAAUUAAACAGCAUCAUAAAAUAGAAAAUCUGCAAAAUGUCAGCAAAGCGAUUGAAUGGAUGAUUACAAUUCCGGCGAUAUGGAGUGACUCAGCACGACAGUUCAUGAGAGAAGCCGCCGAAGGAGCCGGAAUACAACACGACCGAAUAAGAUUGGUCCUAGAGCCAGAGGCUGCAUCAUUGUAUUGCCGUCAACAGAAACUUAUUCUUACAGACUCCGGUGCAAGACAUCGAUUUGCAGAUGGACAGAAGUACGUCGUCGCAGAUUUAGGCGGAGGGACAAUAGAUAUUUGCGUGCAUGAGAUUACUGAAAAUGGCCAUUUGAAAGAAUUAUAUAGAGCUACAGGCGAAGACGCGGGAGGAACGAAAGUCAACGCUGCGUUCGAAUGUUUCUUGGCAUCCUUAUUCGGAAGAGAUGUUGUUGAUGAUUUACGCAAGACAUGUUAUGAACGAUUCAUCACGCAGAUGAGGGAUUUUGAAGAAAGAAAGAAAACGUUUAAAGGCACCGAAAGGAACAUCAAAAUUAGACUUGAUCCUAUUCUGAUGAAACGUUUCGAGACAAAAUCUGGGAAAAGUUUACAAAAGGCAAUUGAAGAUUCAAAUCUUGAAACAAAAGUAAAAUAUGAUGAUGAUAGCGGUCGUAUGACAUUCGACACUUCAGUGAUUAAACAAUUUUUCGAUGGUUCUGUACAGUGUAUUAUAGCAAAAUUGCAGACGAUUGUCCAAGAAUGUGCAGAUGAUGAGCUCAAAACGUUUCUUUUGGUUGGUGGAUAUGCGGAGUCUCACUACUUGAGAGACAAGAUUAGAGAAGCAUUUCCGACCAUAGACCUUGUGUUAGUAGAAGAUGCAAAAUUGGCUGUGAUAAAGGGCAGUGUUAUGAUGGGCCUAGAGGAAAGGAAUAUUGUACAGAGAAGGUCACGAUUUACUUACGGAUUUCGUACUGCAAAACCAUUCAUUGAAGGUUUUCAUCCAGAACAUUUUAAGUGCAUUAGGGACGGAGAUCUUUCUUGUAAAAAAAUAUUUGACAAAUUGAUAACGAAAGGACAAAUGCUUACCUACAAUCAAAAAUUCAAAAACUCUUCGUCAAAGAAACUGGAACAAGCUGAAUCAAAGAAAGUAGCAUUUAUCACUGCUUUAUAUCGCUCCACCAAAGAAGACCCAAAGUAUUGCACGGAAGAGGAGGGAUGUGAGCUUGUUGGGAGAUUGGUCAAAUAUCCACCACCUAAUGGUUGGCCCGAUUUACUGGAGAUUGACGAUCAUCUGAUUGUGGGAGAAACUGAGUUUACUGUUAAAACUUACAACAAAUACUCGGGCGAAGAAUUACAGGCAACGCUUGAUUUUCUUUGA